GAAAUUAAGUUGGGGGGCGGAAUGGGGUGGGGUGUAGCUCCAGCAGUAACUUAAGGUCCUCAGAGGCAGUUUGUAGCCGGUUGCGUAGGCUGCAAAGCAACUCUGGUUAUUUAUUCCUAUGCGCCUGCGCCGUCUUUCCUCCAAGGCGAUCAGAAUUUUCUGGGAGUUUUUCACAGCAACCUUGUAAGGUAGGACAGGGCCUCCUUGUGGCCACGGGAACUGGCUGGGGUUCCGGCUGAAUUUUGAGGCUCGUACUCCGGAGCAUUAUCCAUCGUAGUAGGUCUUCGGCUCUGAGGAUGAAGGUCGUUGUAGCCUCACGUAUCUGGAAGGGACCAGAGGCGGCUUAAUCGAAUUCCCAAGCGCGUUUGGCAGAAGAAUUACAGUACAGCGCUGGCGUUCAAGAAGGAAUUGCUGGAAUUCUGCCCUGUCUCUGGCUGUGUCGGUCAGCGGAACAUUUAAUUGUCUCUGAAGCAUCGAUAGCCGUAGCCUCUGCCAGCUGUGGGCCUGAAUCUCCCUGCAGUGAUGCAGUGGGCGGGCUCAGCGGGGGAAAAGAAAAACCUUUCUUUACCAUCCAAAUAUUUCUUCCAGGCGUGAAGAAUGAAGUGGGCCUGCCGCUUGCUUUAGUUUGGAGGCAAAGCAGGGGAAGUGGUUUUGGGUGGGGGGUUGAAGAAGUUGGUCUCUGCCCAGUUUUUCUUCUUGGCUCCGUUUGUGGCAGAGGCUGUGGUGGACCCACGGCACCCGCAUUUCUUCAUUUGCAGCUCCCCAGUUGUGGAAUUGUGCAGGUGCAGUUCAUGUGGGGUUACCCCUGAUAUUAGCUGUUGCAAUGGGGUCUUCACACUCAGUGGACACCAGUAACUAUUGCUCCAAGAAGCAGAAAGAGAGUGAUGAGGAUUUGUUGGCCAAUAAAGAUCGAGAAGAAGACAUUGCCAAGUUUCCGUAUGUGGAAUUCACUGGACGAGACAGCAUCACCUGCCCCUCCUGCCAAGGCACUGGCUGCAUUCCCACAGAGCAAGCUAAUGAAUUGGUUGCUCUGAUACCAUACCAUGAUCAAAGAUUGAAACCUCAAAGAACGAAGCUCUACGUCUCUGUGUCAGUGCUGCUCUGUCUUCUGGUGUCAGGGCUGGUUGUCUUCUUUCUCUUUCCACAUUCAGUGCUUGUGGAUGACAAUGGCAUCAAAGUGGUUACAGUCUGGUUUGAUGAAAAAAACUCCCUUGUCAUUCUUGCCAUCACGGCCACCCUCCGGAUCAGGAAUUCCAAUUUCUAUUCUGUAGCAGUAACCAGCUUGUCCAGUCAGGUGCAGUACAUGAACACUGUGGUUGGCACCCAACAAAUCAACAAUGUUACUCAUAUCCAGCCACUGAGUGACCAGCUGGUGAAUUUCACCAUGAAAGCUGAAAUGGGUGGACCUUAUGUAUAUUUCUUUUGCACGCUACCCAAGAUCCGAGUGCACAAUAUUGUGAUUUUCAUGAGAACCUCAGUGAAAAUCUCCUACAUUGGCCACAUAUCUCAAAGUUCCUUGGAGACGUACAAUUACGUUGACUGUGGUGCAAACUUCACAGCUGCCCAUUCUGGUCCUUAGUCCCCAAUUCUAGAAGAUGAAGCUCAAGAGGAGGCCAGCUUAAGUCAGCUGCUUAUACUGGUGAUCCUAACUCUCCGGCUUCCAUUACUGUGUAACGUAUGGUGGAAUUUGUGUCUUUGUUUUGAGGAAGAAGAAGAGGCUGUUUUAGCCCUUGGCAAAAAGAAAGGGCUGGGCACGCAGCCUUCCUUCCACAAUUUUGCAUGGACAGCUGGACUGCGCCUUGGUGCUGUUUUGAAGAGGAUCUGUUUAAUUCUCCCCUCUCCAGUCCCUACCUUCUCUUCAGGCACCAGUUUGUGAUUUUUCUGUUGUUAUUCCUCACUGACUAACCUUGCUUCUUAAUAAGAUUUGUCAAGUUUACAGGUUUCUCCAUUAAAAUUUAAGAAAGGAUAAGUUUCUGAAAACGUUUCGUUCCUUGUUGGGCUGGACUACUAACCGUGAAACAUAUUCCAAGACUUCUGACUUUGUUACUGCCAAUAAGGGAGCUACUAUCUAAUUGUAGAAAGGGAAUUAAUCUCGAAUAAGGUUUCAAACUUCUGUCUUGCUUAUUGUCAAAGAGAAACAAACCAAGAAUAUUUGUAGAAUAAGCCCCACUGAAACAUGAGAAUGUAGCAACAGUUACAGCCUUUAUAGGUGAGAUUCCUAUAAAUGUAAUGUGUCUUUUCCUGGACAUAACUUUUAAAACUACUUUCAUAGUUCUGUGUACACCAUUCCAAAGAGCACCCUGUUCACUUAAGAAUUCUCACAUUUACUGAAUCUAUUUUGAUUUUUUUUGCUUUUAAGAAUGAGCAUCAUGGAAGGGUUUGAGAUCUUCAGAUUUCUACAGAAGCAGUGAGCACUUUUUAAUCCUUGUAUCUCCAGAGUCUCUGAAUUGGGGAUUAUAGUGGCUUAGCUGGCCUUUAUUAUUAGCACAGAAGCUUGAUUGUUUGGGUAGGGAUGGGAAUACUUUGUUUUCUGCAAAGAGAGAUUUAUCUUAGUGUUGGUGUGUAGUGCUUCCUCUCUUAAAAAGAUCAGUAUGGGAUAACUUCAGACAAAUAUUUAAAUAGUAACAUUAGACUUGGAGAAAGAUAGAUCUACAGCAGAUAAUCUUAUUUUUUCAAAUACCAGUUAGCAGUUCAUCUUCUUAAAACAUUUUCAGUGUUCUAACUCAUCUGCUACAGUUUCUUUAUUUGAAGAAGAAAAAGAAACCUAUUUAAACUUGAAGUAAAUUUUAAAUUUUAUUUUUUUACUAUUUAAAUGAUGGGGGAAUUUAUGUUCAUUUAGAAUCUGUACUUUUCAGCUUGGCAGACUGGAUUCCUAAAGAAUAAACCCUUAAAUCUUCUCUUUUGAGGAGUCUGCUGGUUUUUCUUUAUCAAAAUGGACUUGUUUUAUUUUUUACUUUAGGGGGGCUAAUGGAGACACAGAAGGAGCGUUUCAGGACUGACACUAAGCAGCAGCUGCAAAUAAAACCCAUUGAGUUUGAAGCCUGUAAGGGUGAGGAAGCCAACAACUACUUGUAACUGUAAUGGAUUAUUGCUCAGUGGCAUUUUCCCCCCAAAUAAGUCUUAAUCUACUUGUUUUAACCACAUUUCCUAUCUACCAACUCAAUUUACAGAUCACCAAUUAUCAUACUUUAAAUGAAGAUACAGUAAAACCUCAAUUCAGCAGACUUGUGAGGCAAUGGGCAACAUUUUUCUUUCUUUUGCUUCACCCCCAAAUAACAGACAGAAGCCCAUUUCUGGACAAUUUACAUAAUUCACACCAUUUGUGUCACGCAACUGGUGUAAAUUGAUGCAAAUGACCUAAUUCUGGAGUUAACAGGUACCCCUUCCCCUCUAGUCCAUUAAUUUGAGGUUUUCCUGUAAUGACCAUUCAUGCAGCAGUUUACAGAUGAAGGCAUUGCUAUAGCAAGAACAGGUGAGAAUGGCUAGUAGGAGAAGCAUUUAUCAUGCAGCGCAUGUAUUUUGAGUAUGUGGUGGACAAAGUUCUCAUGAACGUAGAUGUAUUUAGUUGUCUCUGUAUGUAUAAUACUACAGCAAGACACCAACAGGAGCUAAGUAAUAAGGGGUAAAGCAAUGUGAGUUAAGCAAAUGCUCUUAGGAAUCUUCCUGCCCAACUAUUUGCCAAGUUUUUCCUACUUCUGUCAUCUUAAUCACUAGAUUUUGGUGUAAUGGGGUAAAAGAUACACAGGAGAUGAUCAAGUGGAGAGAAUUAGAGAAUUGUCACUUUCUCUUAGACUCCUGGGAACACUGAAGGGCUUCUGAGAUCUCCUGAAUAUCAUGUCCUUAGCUGGCAUUUGACCAAUUGUUACAAGCUCCGUUGCUAUCCCUCUCCUUCUCCUUCCCAGUAUAGUAAUUUUCAAGAGGCCUAAUGUCUACCUUCUCCCAAAUGCUCUUCCUUAUUUGCUGCUGCCACAAAGAGAAAAAACAUGGAGAGAAGCAUUCCCACCCACCUGCAAUCCAACUCUGGAGAGCUAUCACAAGAAGGAAUAAUCAGUCACUGUUAUUACAUCUUCUUACAUUGUCACAUACUUACAAGUUACAAUCCAAGAGAUUACAACA